AUGGUGGAAAUGAAUCCAUGCCAUGUCGAUGGUCGCUCCGGACUGGACCCCCUCGUCCUGCUCCAUCCCUGCCCGAGCUCGAGUUUCGACGACGACUAUGCUAUCGACAGCGCCUUGCUUCCUACGCGCUGCAUCGACGGCAGUGACGACAAGGACGGUGACGGUGGCAGCUUCGCCGUCAAUCACCACGCCAUCUUUACCGACGACAAUUUCCGGCAGCUCAUGGCAACGGACUGGUCCAUGACCGCCCACAUGACAUACCCACAGCUCAACCCCCCUCGCCACACUGCUCGCCACCCUCCUCAGUACCCUCCUCGCCACUCUCCUCGCCACCCUCAGCAAUCCCCUCUUCAGGUGGAUCGGGGCGGCAAAGGGCACGAAUUCACGGACGAGGACUUUGCCCAGUUCUUACACCUCCCGCAGGAAGACAUCUCCCUCACCAUUUCGCCACUCCCGGAGCCCGUGCCCAUCUCGCCUUGGACGGAGAGGACACGGUGCAUGGAAGAGGCUCCGCGGAUGGAGAAGGCACCGCCAAUGGAGGAGGAAUCUCGGAUGGAGAAGGCAAACGACAAGACGACAACCCAGUCCAAGACCAAGCGGCCUACCGCGGAGGAGCCUGUCGCGUCGACGGCCAGCACCGCCACCGUCGCGGAGAAGAAGCCAAAGCAAGGUCGAUUCAAGGCCAAGCAGGCAACGUUUAUCCUCACGGGUCAGACGGUUGAGCGCAACUACAACGGCGUUUCGACCACGUCGUACUACUGCUCCGAUGGCGUCAUUCGCAUCCUGUCCGAGGAAAAUCUCAGAAAAGCCCAGGAACGAUCGGCAGCGAUGCAGGGAGACGCGGGGUCUGGUCCUGUUCCCGAUCUUGUGGCCGCCACCAUGUCGAUUACUUCCGCGCCGGCAGUCGCCAGCGAGCCCGUAUCAUUCACUCGCAAGCGCAAAGUCGGAGCCGCCAUCGGCAACACGGCAGUUGCCAAGAAGUCAAAGAUCACCCACGCCGUCCAGGCCGCAGCGACGGAAAAUCCCACUUCACCUUUGCGCGACACUGUCGACGAGCGAAUUCUCUUUUUGGCCGCCAUUCUCAGGGAGGAACAGGCCCGGGAACAGCUUGAAGAACCCGGAACGCGUCGUUGA